UCAUUAGCAAGCGCCAUUCCUUAUUUGUGGAUUUUUUGUUUACUGAGGUUGAAUUACUGUAUAUUUGUAAACAAUGUGGCUGCUGAGAGGUUUAGAUAACUGUCUAAGGCUACGGUAGCUAAGCAAUGGAAGAUAUCAACCUGCACUAUCGCUUCCUGAACUGGAGAAGGAGGAUCCGAGAGAUUCGCGAGGUGCGGGCGGUCCGGUACCGUGAGCGGUUCAAAAGGAUGCUGAGGGAGGGAGACAUACUCAGUUACCAAGGCAACUCUGAUGAAGUUGAUUGUUAUGUUGCUCCUCGACCACUAUCGAAAGGACACAGCUAUUUCGAGGUGACCAUCAUUGACACAGGAGUGAGGGGGAUGAUAGCUGUUGGUAUGGUGCCUCAGGGCUACAAGCUGGACCAUCAGCCAGGAUGGCUCCCACACUCUGUGGCCUACCAUGCUGAUGAUGGCAAGAUGUACAAUGGCAACACUGUUGGACAGCAGUUUGGGCCCAAAUGUAAUCGUGGUGAUCGUAUCGGCUGUGGGAUUUAUCUGGAUUCUUUUGAGAAUGACCAGACAACUGUAUUCUUCACCAAAAACGGCAAAGAAGUUGGCACAGUGGUAAUCCCUGGUUCUCCGGAGGGUCUCUACCCUGCUGUGGGAAUGCACUCACUGGGAGAGGAGGUACAGCUGGACCUGCAGGCUGAGUGGGGGACAGAGGAGGAGGAUGGACUGAUGAUGGUGGACAGCCAUGAGGAUGAGUGGGGCCGUCUGCAUGAUGUCACAGUCACGGGAACUCUGUUGGAGUACGUGGGGAAGGGGAAGAGCAUCGUGGAUGUGGGCUUGGCCCAGGCUUGCCGGCCCCUCAGCACACGCUGCCACUACUAUGAGUUGGAGAUCACAGAUGCGGGAGAGAAGUGUUACAUCGCCCUGGGACUGGCACGCCGGGACUACCCCAAGAACAGACACCCGGGCUGGAGCAGGGGCUCUAUAGCCUACCAUGCAGAUGAUGGGAAGAUGUUCCAGGGGAGUGGGGUAGGAGACCCCUUUGGUCCUCGCUGUUUAGAAGGAGACGUGAUGGGCUGUGGGAUCAUGUUUCCCCGAGACUACAUCCUGGACAGCGGAGAUGACAGUGAUGAUGGGGAGCCGGAGGUGCGGCCCAAGCAGCGUCGGGUUCACAACGACCUGUACAUGAAUGACGAAGAUCAAGAGGAGGAUGGAGAGGAGCUGGAACCUGAGCUGGAGGGGCGGAAGGUCACGGUGUUCUUCACCCGAAACGGGAAGGUGGUGGGACGGAGAGAGGUGGCUGUUCCAGCAGGGGGGUUCUAUCCCACCAUCGGCAUGAUGAGCACGGGGGAGAAGGUCAGAGUGGACCUACACCCCCUCAGCGGCUGAACAAAGCAGAAGAGACAACGAGAGAAGAAAGGAGAGAUGGAGUCGCCUUGCCACCGCUAGUCUUAUUAGGUGGACUAUGUUUUGAGAGUGGUCAAAUUCAAGACUGGAACCUUAACCAGUAGCAAAGAAGGGUGACUCAGGUAUAUGCCAAAAUCAAAAUGACUGUAUAAACUACGAUGCUGUUUAAUGGGUAUUUUCUAAAACUAUGAUGAUGCCAUAUCCUUUUAUCUCAUGCACUUUAUACAUAUAAUGUCAUAAUGCACUACUGGCAUUUGAGAAGCUUUUGUUUUGCAUGUUUAGACUCCAUUUCAUGAUUUUGUUUGGCAGUUUACAUUGAACAUUUCUCCACCUGUUUUGAUGAAUCACCUUUCAUAAUUGUUUUUUAAAAGGGAAGUUCUUAAACUUCAAGUACUUGAUUUCAUAUUGUUAGUUAUCAACGUUAAGCACCAUUGAUUAGAAUGUACUGUAUGUGUCAGUCAUCUCUAAAUUAUGCAUCCUUGUGCAAUCUUUCAAAGCCUAAAUAAAAGGUUUCAAUGUAUUUCUAUCA